AUGCCGCAAGAAAUUAAGGAAAUCAAAGAUUUCCUUCUGAAGGCUAGAAGGAAGGAUGCAAAAUCUGUCAAGAUUAAGAAGAACAUUGAAAAUGUUAAAUUCAAGGUCCGUUGUUCUCGAUUCCUUUAUACCCUAGUAAUCACAGACAAGGAAAAAGCAGAAAAACUUAAACAAUCAUUGCCACCUGGUCUUCAAGUGAAGGAGAUCAAAUGUAAAAAAAUGAACACUGAAAAUAAAGAGAAAAAAUUAUAA